CCUUUCAUUUUCACACUAAGGAUUCUCUCUUUGAUUAUGUAAACCUAUCAUAUCAACAACACACUCCUCCUCUCACCCACCCAUUCCAACUCUCUCAUAAGCUCCUCUCUCUCUCUCUCUCUCUCCUGUUACUGUGUGUGUGUGUGUGUGUGUGUUCAGUGAAGCAAAAGAAGGCUGCAAUGGAAAGAAACAUGUGUAUUUAUGUGAUUUGUAUAGCUUUGUUGGGAGUUCACAUCACUGCAAAGGCAGAAGAUAUGCUGAUAAGUCCAUCCCAGUUGGAAAUGUUUGUCGAUGAUCUUCCAGACAUGCCCAAACUCAAAGGUUUCAGUCUUGAAAAUGGUGUUCCCAUGCCCAACUCACUCAAGAUUGGCAUGUUCCAUAAGAAAUGGAAAUUUCAUAGAGAUCUCCCUCCAACUCCAGUGUUUGCCUACGGUACAACUAAGUACACCGCAACUGUUCCUGGUCCAACCAUCGAGGUCCUCCACGGGAUCGACACUUAUGUGACGUGGAAGAAUCACCUCCCUACAAAGCACAUACUACCGUGGGACCCAACCAUCCCAACAGCAAUACCUUCCACCAAUAAAGGAAUUCCUACUGUAGUCCACGUCCACGGAAACAUCGGUGAGCCCGAGAGCGAUGGACACGCGGAAUCUUGGUUCACCGCUGGAUUUAAAGAAAAGGGGCCCACUUGGACCAAGAAAAAAUAUCACUACCAUAAUAAUCAACAACCAGGAAAUCUUUGGUACCAUGAUCAUGCCAUGGGGUUAACCCGAGUCAACCUUUUAGCUGGUCUGAUCGGUGCCUACAUUGUACGACAUCCUGAUGUUGAGGCCCCACUCGGACUCCCAUCUAAUGAGGAAUACGAUCGACCGUUAAUUGUCUUCGAUCGUAGCUUUCGCACUGAUGGUUCGAUAUACAUGAAUUCCACAGGAAAUAACCCCACCAUACACCCUCAGUGGCAGCCCGAAUAUUUCGGUGAUGUAAUCAUCGUCAAUGGCAAAGCCUGGCCCCGCAUGAUCGUACGGCGAAAAAAGUAUAGGUUUCGCAUCAUCAACGCUAGUAAUGCUAGAUUCUUUAAGUUCUUCUUCACCAAUGGCCUAGGAUUUAUCCACGUGGCAUCUGAUUCAGUCUACAAUGAACGACCGUUGAUGGUGAAUGAAAUCCUCCUGGCCCCAUCUGAGAUUGCUGAUGUGAUCGUUGAUUUCUCAGAGUCAAAAUCUGAUUUGGUUAUCCUAGCCAAUGAUGCACCCUAUCCUUACCCAUCCGGAGACCCGGUCAAUGAAUUAAACGGUAAAGUCAUGAAGUUUGUAGUGAAACAAAAUCGUGAGGUCGACACGUGGCGGGUUCCGGCUACGUUGAUAAAAUAUCUUUCCCCUGAUUUAUCCAGUGCUUCGCUAACACGAUACAUUGCUAUGUAUGAGUACACAAGCGACAUUGGUGAGCCAACACAUUUGUACAUGAAUGGAAAAUCAUACGAAGCACCAGCGACUGAGACGCCUAAGGUGGGGGCCACGGAGGUUUGGAAUGUGAUUAAUCUGACGGGGGAUAAUCACCCGAUGCAUAUUCAUCUGGGGCUUUUUGUGGUGCUUGAUCAGACGGAGAUAGUGAAAGUGGAUGAGUUUAGAGAUUGCAUGAAUAAAUUGAAUGAUGCGAUCAAGUGCCAAAUAAACAAGUAUGCACGUGGCAAGAAGAUAGCGGUGCCGGUGUAUGAGAAAGGGUGGAAGAACGUGUACAAGAUGACUCCCGGUUAUGUUACCAAGAUUUUGGUGAGAUUUUCUUACAUACAUUCGAAUGCAUCAUAUUCGUUUGAUGCAACUGUUGAGCCUGGUUAUGUGUACCACUGCCACAUCUUGGAUCAUGAAGAUAAUGUGAUGAUGAGGCCAUUGAAGUUGAUCCGUUGAAAGGCCCACAGAGAAUGGAAAGCCCAAUUGAAGAUAUGAAGCCAUACAGAGACGCAAAUGUUCAAUAAUAGUAUUCGGAUCGAGAGUACGACAGUCGGAAAAACUCACGUCAUGAUCAUGUUAACUCAUACUCAUAUAAAAUCAGUCGAAUUUGUCUGUGGGAUUCCUUAUCAAUACUUGUAUUCUACAAACAUUGUGAUUAACGUUUAUAAGCACAUUUGUCUA